AUGCGGCUGCAUGGAUGGGGCGACGCCGACGUACUGGCGCUGCUGUCGCUGUUCCGCAAGUACCUGCUCUACUACGUGUACACGUCGGACAGUGAGUUCGUGGAGGUAGUGCGUGCAGAGCUUCCAGAGAAACGGGCGGCAGAGAUUCUGGAGAUGGUGCGGGCGCUCAUGCACCAGUUUGCUCUGGGACUGAGCACGAAGAACUUUCGCAAAGAUGUUAUCGUGGCGAAUGGACAAGAGGUCUACGUUUACAAUCACAUCUACGAAUCGAUUCGAGCACUGUCCGAGAACAAGGCUGGUGGACUGUGGCUACCAGACGAGCUUCGUCGGCUCCUGCAGAAAGCUCGCCAAUAUCGUGACUUGUUGUCGAAGAACGAAGACGUGUACUUUAAGCGAAUUCAAGUAUGGAGCAAAUCGGUUGCAGAGACGAAGAGCAAAUUCCAUGCGUUCCGUAACAUCUACGCGCGUGAGAAGCAGCUUUGCGUAUAUCAGCGAAAGAGGGUAGAGUCUGUGCGGCUCGAGCUAUUGGAAGCAAUUUUUGGCGACGUAUCUACUGCUCAUCAAAAUGAAGCAACGUCAGCGUCGAACAAAGCUUUGAGGCUCUGGUCUUCUGAAGACAUGGAGGUGCUUGUGGACUUUGUCGUUCGAAUUACGAACGAAAUCCAACAGACGGGAAGGUCGGACCUUAUAAACUAUGUCGCCGAUACACUACAUCGAACGGACGCAUCAUGUGUGCACAAGCUAGUCGACAUGAAAGACAAGUUUCUGGGAAAGUCGACGACAGUCCGCGCAGCGAGUCUGCCGGCCAUCGUUUUCGAUCCGACAUCUGAAGCGCACAAGGUCUUCAGCGCAAACUGGAGUGAUCCGGACGACCCUCACGCACUCGGGUAUUUAGCAUUGAGGAGACGAAGCCACAAGCUGACUGCUCGGCGCAGCAAAAGGCGACGUAGCAAUAGCGCGUAUACGCCAGUAGCUAAACUCCGGUCUACAGCGCCGGUAGCUGACAGAGCGCCGACGAGCUUCCGACUCAAGGCAACGGAUGCUUCGGCACAAGGCAUGUCCCCUUUGAAAACAGCCAAUUCUGUUGUAGCGGGGACCCACCAUGCGGCUGAUGUUGCUUGUGCGAGCGAGCCCUGUACCAAGGAGACAGCUGCCGCUUCGCGGCCACCACUAGUCAGAACAGCACGAGCAAAAGGCGCUUUGUCCGUGAACGAUGGCACGACAUUUGUCCAGGACAUUGCAAAGCAGUGUCAAUGGAAGAAAAAGGUGGUGCACAAUGUGCUACGAUGCAUGCAACAAUCUCUGGGACUGUACCGGUCGAACAGAUUAGUUGCUUUCUACUCAACGGUCGCAAGUCAGAUACCAGGUGUCGCAUUUCAAGAUGUUUUUGUCCACGGGCAGUUCAUUCUUACCCGGUUCGAGCAACGAUUCGGUUCAUUAGACGGGUUUGAAAAUCUGGUACCGGGCACCCAUUCGUCGACGUCAAUCGAGCAAGUACCCGUCAUCGACGAGAACGAACGUGACCCAGGCCUGGUUCCACGUGUAUCUCCAGCUCAGCGUAUACCUCAGCGAGAAAACGAGAAUGAGGCUGUCAAGAAAGGCAAGCGUGGGCAUGUCCACGAGCAACUAUCUCAUGUUGAGUCACCUGCUCGAACACCACAAACAGGCGACGAAGAUAUUGCAGACGCGCAGAGUUUGAGCACCGUCGGAAAGCAGUCUAGUCCAGAGGGCACCUGGGAAGAAAGGGACGAUGGGUAUUCGGACGUGGACAAUGGUGGUUCCCACCGUACAUCGGUGCACUCAUUGGAUGCCGCAGCGGGCAAUGGCAGUGAAGCGAAAAGCAGCCACGACGAUGCCGAAAACGAUUUGUGUGUGAGGAAGCCACAUGUGGCGCCAAGGCGGCACAUUUGUGACAGCUCAAGCAAGUCGCCUAGACGGGGCAAAGAUGAGCAAUACGGGAAGAGUUCUGCCAAAAAGCGCCGCUUGUACGAGAAGAACGUUGUCGUGUCUGACGACGAUGGGUCAAAUUAUGAGAGCGACGAAGACGAUGAAAGCUCCGAUGACGCCCACGAUGGUGACCGCGAUAAUGACGAUACGGACGAUAAAUUAUUUGCCGAUGCUGACUGUCUGUACUCGAAUAUUGAGAAUCAGGAAACCGCCCACCCGCUGCGGAGUAUACUCGACUCGUUGGGGUCGGACAUCUCUGAGCUCCAAGACAAGCAACGCGUACUCAUCGAGCGGAAAGAAGGUCGUGAGUGGCACCAACGAGAACGCGAGUACCCGGUGUUCGAUUAUGCAGCGCCGCGUGUAUCUGAUCAGCAAACGGGGAUCUGCGAUGAGCAAGUAGCGCUCUCGCGCUAUGAAUCGUCGUGCGUUCGACGUCAUUUCUGA